CGAUCAUUAGUUGACUGCUUGCAACUAAUGUAGAACGACCUCAAAGCGCUUCAAAGCGUUUGCAGUGUUUAAUGGAUCGUAUUCUUGGCUAUGUAUAUAUAUAUUAUAUUGUAGCUAUACGACACUUGUCAGUUUCUUGUAUGACAAGCGCAUGCGUAAUUUUUUAGUUUUUAAAGCUCCUCACACGUGUGUGCUUACAUGAAUUUUAUAUAUAUACAUGUUGUUUUGCAUCUACAAUGAGCUACAAAGACAAUUUUAACGUUUUCGUGGGUGGUAAAUCAGGUAUUUUCAAAGGAAUAAAAAUUGAAAAAAAAGCAAAUAUAAUUAAGAAUAUACAGGACUUAGUUUCUAUCACGGAGAGUGAUCAAGUGACUACUGUCUCCUGGGGUGAUGAUGAUGAGAAAGAUAUUUUAAUUGCAUGUGGUGUAAAGGGAAACAGAAGAGUAAAAAUCUAUGACUCUGAGAGUUCUAGAUUUACAUGUUCAUUUCUUUGUAACACAGGCAAAGGCAGUAUUAAUGGAAUAUCACAAUAUGAUGGGUCAAUUCUGACAGCAGUCAACUCUGGUGAAGUGACUCUGUGGCGAUUAGACAGAGAAGAGGAAUUAUUAAUAAAUGCUGGAGAAAAUUUGGACAGAAUGUGUCACUCUCGCGUGCAACGAAAUGUAAUAGCCACUGGAGGACGGGAACAUAUACUCAAAUUGUAUGACUUGGAAAAGCAAGCGUUGAUAUUCAAUGAAAAAAAUCUUCGGCAUGAUUGGUUAGAACUGAGGGUACCUAUUUGGAUAUCCGAUAUGAAUUUUCUGCCAGAAACCCAACAGAUUGCCACAGUAGGCAGAUACGGACAUGUACGCCUGUACGACCCACGUGCGCAGAGGCGCCCUGUAAUAAAUAUAACGCAUCAAGAUGAAGCUUUCACCUGUAUGUGCGUUACUCUAAAAGAAAAACACAUUAUAGUAGGCUCUGGCAAAGGUAAUUUGAAUCUCGUCGAUCUCAGAAAACCAGGCAAAAUAUUAAACACAUACAAAGGAUUCGUCGGUGGAGUAACCGGGGUGGCUUGUAGUAUGAGUAAUCCAUAUAUCGCAAGCGUCAGCUUGGAUAGAUAUUUGCGGAUACAUCAUAUCGAUACAAAAGAACUUCUAAAAAAUAUUUACCUAACAUCGAGACUGACGUGUCUGGCAAUGAGGUCGGAUUUCUCUAUAGAAACAAACACUGAAAAUAAUCAAAAAGUCAUAACGGAAUCCAGUUGUGACAAUGGCGGUAGCGUUGGCGAACAAUCCUCAGAUGAUGUGGCUAGCGAAGCGGAAUAUGACGAAUUAUUUAACAAAAUGCAAGUAGUGGGUAAUAAGAGUGAAAAAGUCGGUAAAAAGCGGAAACUUGUCAAGUCAGCAAAGAAAGUCUCGUCGAAUGAUCGUGAUAUCGUAUCUCAAAAUCCGAUGCAAAAGAGGAAAAAGAAAGAUCAAGCAUGGCUUUGCAAAGAGAUAGAAUAAUAAUUAAGAUAAUAGAUUUCAAUUACAAUUUAUGAAUUUGCUAAUGUUACUUCUUACGAAUAAACAUAUGUUAUAUAUAGUUUUUUUAAAACGUA